CAGCUUUAUAUUGCAAAUCAUAACAAAAAGAUUCCAGCUUUUUUCUAUAGAAUAGCAAUCCUUAGCCAAUUGGAAGAUUAGAGAACUCCAACAAUGGCUUUAUUAUGCACACCCUUUUAACUUUUAUCCUCUCUGCUUCUUACUAGCCAGUAUUCUUUGAAACCCUUCUUUUGUUAACUUCUCCACUUUGAUUUUCCCCAAACAAAUUGAAAAAAUGAAUCAAAUUUCCAUCUGGGUGUUCCUUGUUUGUUCAUUUCUAAUCCUCCUUCCCAAUUCUGAUGCUGUGGAUGAUUCUGCGAAGAGCUCACUGAUUCAGUUUCUUGCAAAACUCAGUUCUCAAAAUGGUCAACAGAACAAAAAUCUUGGAUGGAACAUUUCUUCUGAUCCUUGCAAGGAUGGAUGGGUUAGUGUAGUCUGUGAUGGAAGAAAUGUUUCUGUAAAGAAACUGCUUCUUGAUGGGUUGAAUCUUUCAGGAACUCUUGAAACAAGCUUUCUUUGCAAUUCAAAGCCUCUAAUGGACUCCCUCAAUGUUCUCAGCAUCAAUUACAACAACAUCUCUGGAGAAAUCCCAGCUGAUAUUGAGAAUUGUAAGCAACUAACCAGCUUUCAUGUAAGAGGAAACAAAUUCCAUGGAAAUCUCCCAAGUUCUUUAUCUAAAUUAGUGAAACUUAAAAGACUUGAACUUUCAAACAACAACUUAUCUGGGAACUUACCAGAUUUGUCUAGGAUUUCAGGCCUUACCAUGUUUCUUGCUGAGAACAACAUGUUCUCUGGAGAGAUACCUCGGUUUGAAUUCUCCAAUUUAGAGAGAUUCAAUGUUUCCUUCAACAAUUUCUCCGGUCCGAUUCCAACUGACGGCAGUAGCUACUUUACUUCAAACAGCUUCAUGGGAAAUCCUCUGCUUUAUGGUGAACCAUUACCAAGAAAAUAUCACUCACUCAAGCUACAAGAAGUCAAACCAGAAGUUGAAGAAUCAAAGCACAACAAUAAAAACCGUAUCUUGAUAUACUCAGGAUACGUAAUAAUUGGUGUUUUGUUAACAGUUAUAGUCAUUUUCAUGAUAUGCAAAAGGAGGAAAAAAGAAAGCAAAGAGGAUUCAAGGAUUUCGAGCAACAGAAUUGUAGCAGUGGAUGACGAUGGAAUUAACAACAAUUUCAGUUCUGUUUCUUUGUCAAGUGAGUACAAAACAAGCAAGCCAGAGUUCUCAAUGCUUUCAAAUGAGAGUGGAGGGUUGUCAUCAUCACUGAUUGUGCUAACAACUUCAGUGGUGAAUGGUUUGAAGUUUGAGGAUUUGCUUAAGGCUCCUGCAGAGUUGAUUGGUAGAGGGAAUCAUGGGAGUCUUUACAAGGUUAUGUUUGAUUAUGGAAUGGUAUUUGCUGUAAAGAGGUUUAAGGAUUGGGGGAUUUCAACUGAUGAGUUUAUGAGAAGAAUGUGGAAGAUUGAUAGAGUGAAGCAUCCUAAUGUACUUCCACCACUUGCCUUCUAUAGUUCAGAUCAUGAGAAGCUUUUGGUCUAUGAAUUUCAGCCGAAUGGAAGCCUAUUCAGCCUUCUCCACGGAUCAAGCCAAAACGAGAAACCAUUCCCAUGGAUCAGCAGGCUGGAGAUAGGAAGCAGAAUAGCCAAGGCAUUAGCACACAUGCACAAGGCCUUAGAACAAGAUGAAAUACCUCAUGGAAACUUGAAAUCUUCAAACAUACUCAUCAAUUUGAACAUGGAGCCUUGCAUAAGUGAAUAUGGGCUCAUGGAGAUUCAUAGCCAUAAAAUUACCAACUCCUCCUUCAAAUCAGAUGUUUAUGGAUUUGGGCUAAUCCUCCUUGAACUGCUAACAGGGAAGCUAGUAAAAGAUGAGGAAGGAAUUUGUUUGGCAAAUUGGGUUAAAACUAUUCUUAGAGAAGAAUGGACAGCUGAAGUUUUGGACAGAUCUUUAAUGGCUGAAGCUGCAAGUGAAGAGAGGAUGGUCAAUUUGUUGGUGGUUGCUGUUAAAUGUGUUGAGAAUUCUCCUAGUGCAAGGCCCAAUAUGGACCAAGUUGUUGCCAUGAUUGAUUCAAUCAAGGAGGAUGAAGAGGAAAGUUCUAUCAUUUCUGUUCAUUGAAAUUUUUUAUUUGGAGAAGUUGUUGACAACAUACAAAGUUUGAUCUCUAAGACUAAU